UGCAGCCAUGCGGGUCCCGCUGCGCUCCGCACCCGCGCUGGUGCUCUGCGCCCUCGCCCUGCUCCGCCCGGGCUGCGCCCACACCCGCGCAGCGACCGGGUCACCCAUCGGGGCACCGACCCGGGCAUCCGCCCGCGUCCCGCCGCGCUGCCCCGCGCUGAUGCUGCAGCUCCUCCGCGCCCCUCCCGCCCCGCUCCGCGCCGCCGCCGCCGCUGCCCUCAGCCUCUCCCCGCACGGCUCGGUGCAGAACGGCUCCCGCUGGGCGCUCUCCUUCGACAUGUCCUCGCUGUCCAGCAGCCAGGAGGUGAGUCUCGCCGAGCUCCGCAUCCGCCUGCCCCGGCAUUCCCCAGCCCGCAACGUCUCCCUGGACAUCUACCACAGCCGGCGGUGCCGGGGCGCCGGGUCCUGCGCACCCCAGCUCCUCCUGGGCUCCGUGGCUGGCAGCCCCUCUUCCAUCCAGGCCCCUUGGAAAGUGUUUGAGGUCACCACACUGCUCCGCUCCUGGCUGCACCAAGGCACAGCCCCUGGGCACCACAUGGAGCAGUGGGAUGCGAGUGUUUCGGCCACCACCGCGAUGCACUUGCCCACCUUGAGCGAUGCCGGCCACAGGGAUGCGAUGGACAGAGUCCUGCUGCUCGUGUUCUCCAAGGACAAGUCACCAGGAGACCACAGCCUCAUCAGGACAGCGGAGACCUCCAAGCACGUCAUGCGUGAGAGCAGCUCCCAGGGGAUGCGCCGACACCGCCGCAACAAGAAGGAGAAGCAAAGGAUCAAAGCAAGUGAUGCUGGUGCUGCCGGCCCGGCCGAGGAGGGCAGGUCCCUGUGCAGGAGGGUGGACAUGGUGGUGGACUUCGAGCAGACCGGUUGGGGCAGCUGGAUCGUCUACCCCAAGAAGUACAACGCGUACCGGUGCGAAGGGCAGUGCCCGUCGCCUGUGGAUGAGACCUUCAAGCCCACCAACCACGCUUACAUACAGAGUUUGCUGCAGCUCUACAAGCCCAACCAUGUGCCCUGCCCAGUGUGCUCCCCGGUCAGGAUGAGUCCCCUCUCCAUGCUCUACUAUGAGAAGGGGGAAAUUGUUGUCCGCCACCAUGAGGACAUGAUCAUCGAGGAGUGUGGCUGCAACUGAGGCUCAUCCCCUCUGCAAGGGGCACAUCUCUGCCUGGGAAGCAUCCCCAAGGACCAACACAUGGACCAGGGUGUCUAUGGAGUGGGUUGGGGAAGCUCUGGCUGUGCCAGAGGAGGAGCGGGGCAUGCGGGUGGCCACGCUACAUGGAUGGACCCAGGCUCCCCAUGGAAAGGGCCAUCAGACACCUCCCUGCAGCACCAGGGUGCUGGGUGCCCUAUGCUGUGUUAUACAUGUGCCAGGGCUGGUGCUGCUCCGCAGGCGCAGGGAUGGACCCAUGGAACGUUGUUCCCCAUCACAGGAAUGCUCCUUCUGCCACAACAGGAAUCACGGUGGUGGGACACUGCACACACCAUCAUACACCCAUCAUACACAACCAUAUGCCAGCAUACACCCAUCAUACACCAUCAUACACACAUCAUACACCAUCAUACACCAUCAUACACCCA